GUUCAAGCAUAGAGAUAUAUACCUAUGUUAGGACCAAUUUUAUAUUGCAGCAAAGACAAUCACCUCUUUCCUUACCAACAUUUUACAAAUGUACCUUCAUCCCUUGCCCUGUUUUCCAUGACUCUCCCUCUUCCCUCUCCUCUUCUAUUCACCAUCUUCAUCCAAUCCUAACUAAUCCUCUCUCUCUCGAUGGCUACUAAACUAGUGGUUGAAGUUCUCGACGCCACGGACCUCAUGCCGAAAGAUGGCCAUGGCAGCGCCAACCCCUUCGUUGAAGUCGAGUUCGAGGGGCAGCGCAAGCGAACUUCAACCAAGCACAAGAGCCUCAACCCUACUUGGAAUGAGAAGCUAGUUUUCAACGUUAAAAAUCCCAUUGCUCUGCCAACUCAGUCCAUCGAGGUCUUCGUCUACAAUGACAACAACCACGGCCACCACCGGAACUUCCUUGGGAAGAUACGGAUAUCCGGCUCCUCCGUGCCCUCCUCCGAGGACCAGGCCGAACCCCAGAGUUACCCUCUCGACAAGAGAGGCAUCUUCUCCCACGUCAGGGGCCACCUGGCCCUCAGAGUGCACGCCCUGCAUGGCCAGUCUAGCUCGACAGACGAAUCGUCUGUCGAGCCAGACCAGGAAGAGGCUCCUCCUCCUCCUCCUCCACCGUUGGAGCACAAGACUAAUGACGAGAGCAAGAAGGAGAGGGGAAUGAGAACCUUCUACUCUCUCGGGACCGGCUACGGGAGUGGGGUUCAGGCCCCCACUCCCAAGCCAGAGCCUACAUCUGCAUCAGCUGUGACAGUGAUGCAAAUGCUGGCCCCGGCCCAAAAGCCAGAGUACGAGGUGGUGGAGACCACCCCGCCUCUGGCUGCGAGGCUGGGUUACUGGGGGAGGGACAAGACUGCGAGCACCUACGACAUGGUUGAGCCGAUGGAGUACUUGUACGUCAGCGUCGUCAGGGCGAUGGACCUCCCGGUGAAGGACGUCACAGGGAGCCUCGACCCGUAUGUCGAGGUGAAAAUCGGAAACUACAAGGGUGUCACGAAACAUUUCGAGAAAAAUCAAAACCCUGUAUGGAACAAAGUGUUUGCAUUCUCUAAAGAGAUGCUGCAGACAAGCUUGAUUGAGGUGACAGUGAAGGACAAGGAUGUGUCAAAAGACGACCUUGUCGGGAAGGUGACGUUCGAGGUGCCCGACGUGCCUACACGUGUGCCCCCCGAUAGCCCCCUUGCCGCGCAAUCUUAUAAACUGCUCGACAAGGAGGGGCAAUUGUUAAAGAGAGGAGACAUAAUGCUGGCGAUAUGGAUGGGGACUCAAGCAGAUGAGGCCUUCCCAAGGGCAUGGCACUCGGAUGCCUACACCAUAAACGAGGACGACAUGAUAACGACACGAUCAAAAGUUUACUACACCCCAAGGAUGUAUUACCUGAGGGUUCAUGUGAUUGCUGCUCAGGAUUUAGUCCCUUCAGACGAGUCGAAGCCGCCUGAUCCGAUAGUCAGGGUGGAGAUCGCAGGGCAGGGGAGGACGACGAGGGCGGCCACAACAAAGGGGGUGAACCCGGAGUGGAACCAGGAGCUUAUGUAUGUGGCGUGUGAGCCUUUGAACGAGUAUAUACGCGUUAGCGUGGAGGAUAACGCAGCCGGUGGGGAGACGAUAGGGAGGUGUUUGAUCCCGGUGAGGGACGUGCCGAAGAGAGUUGAGACUACUAAGCUGACUGAUGCUAAGUGGUAUGUUCUGCAAAAGGUGUCUGUGGCCGGAAACGAGGAGGAUCAGAAGAAGGAUAAGUUCGCGAGCAGGGUGUUGCUCCGGCUUAGUAUUGAUACCGGUUAUCAUGUUCUCGAUGAGUCGAUACACUUGGCUAGUGAUCUUCAGCCGGGGGCAGGGCAGCUACGAAAGGCGAGUGUGGGGAUUCUUGAACUCGGGAUAUUGGGGGCACGGAACCUUCAGAAAAUGAAGGGGAAGGAAGGGAAGCUCACGGAUGCAUAUUGUGUGGCUAAAUACGGAAACAAGUGGGUUCGGACGAGGACUCUGGUGGAUAACUUGCACCCUUUGUGGAACGAGCAGUACACGUGGGACGUGUACGACUCGUGCACGGUGAUCACGAUAGGUGUUUUCGAUAAUAAUCAUGUAAACGGUAGGGAUGGGAAGGAUCAGCGGAUGGGGAAGGUCCGGAUUAGGUUAUCCACCUUGGAAACCGAUCGGGUCUAUACACAUGCCUACCCGCUCCUCGUAAUUACCCCCUCGGGGCUAAAGAAGAACGGGGAGCUCCACCUGGCAAUCCGCUUCACGUGCACCGCGUGGGUCCACAUGCUGGCCCAGUACGGGAGGCCACUCCUCCCGAAGAUGCACUACAUCCAACCAAUCCACAUCAAGCAUGUGGAGCUACUCCGCCACUUUGCCUCCACCAUAGUGGGGUCCACCCUGGGCAGGGCAGAGCCCCCACUGGGUGGAGAGGUGGUGGAGUACAUGACGGAUGCGGACAACCACAUCUACAGCAUGAGGAAGAGCAAGGCCGCCUUCCACCGCCUCAUGCUGGUGAUCAACGUCGUCCAAGACGUUGCCACGUGGUUCCGUGACAUCUGCCUGUGGAAAAAGCCCCUGACGACGCUGCUCGUCCACUUGUUGCUGGUGACACUCAUCUGCUACCCCGAGCUGAUCUUCCCGACGCUCUUCCUCUACCUCUUCUCCAUCGGGAUGUGGAACUACCGGCUCAAGCCGAGGCACCCUCCCCACAUGGACGCGGCGCUCUCCCAGGCAGAGGGCGCCACGUCAGACGAGCUAGAUGAGGAGUUCGAGCCGUUCCCCACGCCUCAAAAUAGGCUGCUCGACAUAGUGAAGAUGAGAUACGAUAGGAUAAGGACCGUGGCUGGCCGGGUUCAAACCGUGUCCGCGGACAUGGCGAUACAAGCGGAGAGGAUCCUCUGCUUGCUUAGCUGGAGGGAUCCGAGGGCGACCGCGAUAUUCACUGCCUUCUCUUUCAUGUGGGCUGUGCUUCUCUACAUUACGCCUUUUCAAAUCAUCGCGCUACUAAUCGGCCUCUUUGUGCUCCGCCACCCCAAGUUCAGGUACAAGGUGCCGCCGAUUCCGGUUAACUUCUUCAAGAGAUUGCCGUCGAGAUCAGACUCCCUUCUCUGAGCAAAAAUCAGUAGUGAAUGAAUAAAUCAAAUAAAUCUGCAGCAAUAGCAACAGAAUCACAAGCACAUUUUAGUUCCAAUGUAUUAAGCAUACCAGUUUGUUUUUCCUCAUUUAUCUGUUUGUAAUAAGAGUGUUUUUAAUCUAAUGAAAUUGGUUUCUUUCUUGUUA